AUGUCCUAUAGCUGUGCGGUGUUGGAGACGUGCAUCUGCUCUACUUCCCCCGCUGUGGGUGUCACUGGAGGAUUUGAUCCAGUUUCUGAGGGAUCCACUCGGAGGCCGAGCGCUGCUGAGACAGGUUCUAUAGUUGCUUACAUAGCCUAUCACAUCUGGCUGGAUAGGAACGAUCGCUUGUUCGAGGGCGGGUGGUCGUCACCUUGGACUGUGAUGGAGAGAGCUCUACGACAGGCUGCGGAGGUAGCUAUGGUGGCCACAUCGACAUCAUCUGGGAGGGCCAGGGACACCUGGGGUACUUGUACUGCUGUUUCAGCGUCCAGGUUCAGUUACUUCUCUUGGGUACCCCCACCUCCUAGUUAUCUUAAGGUGAAUGUCGAUGGUGAUAUGGCGGAGGAUGGUGCCUCUGGGGGAGUGGGCUUUGUGAUCAGGGACCAUGGGGACAGUUUUAUAGCUGCUGGUGGGCGGAGUACACCUGGCCUAACGGCGGUGGGAGCGAAGCUUCGGACUGCUUGGGUGGGCGUCUUGUAUGCGAGACGGGUCCUGGGGGCCGACAGACUUCUACUCGAUGGUGACUGUUCUACAGUGAUUGACUGGAUAUGA